AUGGCAGAUCUGUCCACCUCCCCUCCCCUAGCGCCGUCCUCCAUCCGCGAUGCCUAUGAAAAGAUCAAAUCCUACAUCCACAAAACGCCCUUUAUCACGAGUAGAUCCUUGAAUGCCAUUGCAUCGUCCAGCGACCCGUCCAUCUUUCUGUCCGACGAUCCACCGCCAUUCGACUCGGCGGAGUCAACCGUCGAUGAUGCUCCGCCCAGGUUCCGGCUGUAUUUCAAGUGCGAGAACUUCCAGAAGAUCGGGGCGUUCAAAGCCAGAGGUGCUUUUCACGCCGUGACGAGGUUGAUUGAGGAGUUGGGCGUUGAAGAGGUCAGGAGGAGGGGGGUGGUGACACACAGUAGUGGAAACCACGCUCAAGCUCUCGCCCUGGCGGCCUCGACAUUCUCCAUCCCCGCUUACAUCGUCAUGCCCUCGAUAUCCACCACAUCCAAAAUCGCAGGCACGCGUCUGUACACCUCGAACGUGAUCUUCAGUGGAUCCACCUCCGAGGAGCGGGAAGCCGUUGUUGCAGACGUCAUCAACGAGAAAGGUGCGAUUUUGGUGCCGCCGUAUGACCAUCCCGACAUCAUUCUGGGACAGGGAACGGUCGGGUUGGAGAUGGAGGAGCAGCUACGUGAACUCGUCGCUCCGGGCGGUGACAAGGGCAGUCCUAGCUUCGACGCGGUGAUCACGCCCAUCGGCGGCGGCGGGCUCUUGGGCGGCGUCGCGACUUUCUUCUCGUCGCAACCCGAGACGUUCGUGUUCGGCGCCGAACCGUCCUUCCAAGGCGCCGACGACGCCCGUCGCGGUCUUCAGCAAAACAAGAGGAUCGAACACGUCAAAUCGCUGACCAUCGCCGACGGUCUCCGCACACCCGUCGGCCUGAUCAACUGGACGAUCGUCUCGGACAAGACGAAAGUGGAGGGUCUCUAUGCGGUGAGCGAGGAGGAGAUCAAGAAGGCCAUGAGGCUGGUCUUUGAGCGGCUCAAACUGGUCGUGGAGCCGAGUGGCUGUGUGCCCCUGGCCGUGGUGCUGUUCAAUCGCGAGUUCCGAGACAUGGUCGCCGAGCGGCAGAGGAAACAAGGAGGGAAGGGCUCCUGGGAUGUCGGUGUGGUUUUCAGCGGUGGGAACACCACCAUGAAGGCGAUCGCGACGCUGUUUGGCGAGGUGGGUGGGGAGGGAGAGAGGGAGGCCGGGAAGAUAGGCGUGGAUGGGACGAAGAAGGCCGAGGAUGUAGCAGGAUGA